UGCCUAGUUGCUAUAGAAAACAUCAACAAUAAUGGCUUGUACAUUAGCAUAAGUAUACGACGAGCACAGGAGAAAAAAACUAAUGGAAACUGGACAUUUUUUAAGGUCUCCUUGUCCCCUAAAGAUUGUUGAGGUGAAUCCUUUCGGCCACUUUGUCAGGAUAUGGAACUCCUCCCCUUUCUGCCAUGUUGAUCUUAGUGGCUACAUCCUCUGGCAGCUAGAAGGGAACUAUCCAGUCUCUGUCUACCGCUUCCCACAAAACAUAUUUCUUCCUGCCUGUCAGCAUGUUACGGUUUGGGCAUCUGCUUCCAAGGUUUCCCAUAACCCUCCUACAGACUUAAGAUGGAAAGGAAGGCUGUACUUCAGAACCAACCCCCAAUGUAUCACAGUCCUUUCACGCCCAACUGGUCAGUUUCUCUGCCUCCAGCCGGUAGCCUCAUACAGACCCCUUCACUCUCUCCCAGGGGGGAUCCCAGAUGAGACUGGAAAGUGUGUUCAAGAGGAGGAAACAAGAAACCAUUUAGAAGAAGAACAGGAAUCUGUCAUAAAGCCAAGUUGGACUCCUGGAGCUUGGAGCCCAAUUAUCCCCAGAACCACAUCAGGUCAGAUUCAGGCAAGGAGGCCCCCAACUUUUGUUACCAGUUACCCAUCCAGGUUAAAUAAAAAUAGUCCAUUUGUGAAACUUUUGGCUCAAACAUCUGCCCGAUCCAAGCAUGGCUUUCCGUUCCUCAGUCAUGUGCCUUUCACUUGUGAUCUCCUGAGAUGGUAACCAGCAGGCUGAUUGCUCUCGAUGGGAGACCCAAGCCUCUUCCAGAUGCUUCAUUUUGUACAAUGGGGCCUUAUUCUAAUAAAUGGAUGUUGGGCCCAAUUCUACCCAACACAGUGGGCUUCCCUAUAGUUUGGUCACUACUGUAUCUCUGCUCUUAGGUCUGUUGGGUUGGGUGGGAAUGCAUUCUGUCCAGCUCCAAGCUUAAGUUCUCAAAGCCCUUCUAGGAUGUUGGUCUGGAUUCUCUAAAGCCAAUUUAUGCUCUGAUUGUGCCCAGAACAUUUGAUUGUAAAUUCCUUGGAACAGGCCCUUCUGCUGUUGUUUCUGCCCUGUUAGUUCAUUGUUGCAAUUCCCCUGCCUAUAAUGUUACUGUACAGUUCUCAAUUAUUUGUUGCUACAUGUAAAUACCUCAACAUACCUGGAGAGUUUUGUCUUUUUAACAGCUUUAUUUGGAUCUGAACCCAUACAUUGACCCAAAAUAUGUAUUUUCGUGUUUUGAGUGUUUACAUUAACUGUGCAUUCAAUAAAUACAUUUCCAUCUGUU